AUGAAAAAUUUUUAUUGUUUAGGUCCAGCUGUUAAUAUCUAUUGACUCCCGAAUUUGUUUCGACAGUUUAAUUUUUGAUAUACAUUUUCAUAUGAUUUAUAUGAUUUGAGAUUAGAAUAUUGAAUGCUCAUUCUCUUAAAUAAUGAAAAAGUUACUAUCCUAGAAUGCUGCAUGCAAGCUAAACAGUAUAGAAAUCAAUAA